AUGAAAAUCGACUUGACUAACGGUGAACGCAUAGGACGUGGCAGUUAUGGAGACGUCUACGUGUUCAAGGAGUCUUGCGGAUUGAAGAAGUUCGUUGUGAAAAUCAUUGAGUUCAAGACCGAACUCAAAAGAGAGGAGGCCAAAAGAGAAUGUGAUAUUCACGCUCGUUUAUCUCACCCUUACAUUGUCAUGUACGAUAAGAGAAGUGUCGAGAUAGAGGUGCUGAAAAGUUCGAUGAGUAUUGGAAUUGCAAUGGAAUAUUGCGAGAAUGGAUCUUUCGAUAAAGUGAUCUUCAACCCAAACAUCAACUACAACUUCGACAAUGUCCUCUUUUGGAGUGUGCAGCUCUUCUCGGCGCUUGAAUACAUUCACAACAACGGGGUGAUACAUCGAGAUAUUAAACCGGGAAACAUCUUUGUGACAAAACUCUAUCUGCUGAAACUUGGUGAUUUUGGACUAUCGAAAGAGACGGUUUUAAACAAUGGCUUAUCAAUCAGUGGCACUUUUUGUGGAUCGGAAAGAUAUAUGUGCCCGCCUCAGCUUAGCGAUCCAAACCCCGAAAAUGCAGCUACUAGGGCUUCUCCACUGAAUGAUGUAUAUUCGUUGGGAUUAGUCUUAUGGGAAACGGUUGAAAGGAGUCGAGUGUUUGCCAUGUACGAUUCCAGCUAUGGAUUCCAGUAUCUUCAGUUGUGCCAAGAUAUCAUGGGGGAACGAUUAACUUCGGUGAAGGCACCGACAUGCCUUGGAGAAAUUAAUUCCAUCAUACAGAAGUGGUGCGUGCAAUUCGAACGAAAAAAACGACCAAAUGUAGAGGAAGUGCUUGCACGACUUCGCCGAGUAGCUGAGGGCCUACAGAAAACGUCACCGAAGCCACCAGAACAAGUUGAUGGACAGAAAAUUGUUGCACCGAUCGAUGCACACAUCAGAUAUCUAAUUGGUGGCAACAUGAUUUCCACCGAGGAUUUCACGAGAGGAUUAACACUUCCCGAUUGGGCAUGGGAGGUGGAAAAGGAAACAAAAUACAGCUCCGAGCCAUUGUGUUGUAAAGAAGUCAAUUAUUUCGAUGAUUUUACGAUGGUGAGAAACGAAGCAACAGUGGGCCGUUUCAAGCGCACCGUUUACUAUGACGGUUUGGAAUCUGGGAGGGCAGUUAUUGAUGCGUACAUUGACUUGAUUCCAAUUCCCCUUGUCAACAAAUUUGAAACGAAAUGGGAGACUUCAUCGAUGAAGGAUAAGAAAGAAUUUAAAGAUAACGAGGAUGAGCUUGAGGCAAUGGUACGGAGUGAGAAGUUCUAUUUGCCGACUCCAGUUGAAAGAACCGACUUUGAAGAGAUGCAAAUAGCUGAUCUCUUCAAAUGUGUUCUAGUCGAGGCCAACUACAGCUUAUUACGUACAUUGGUUUCUAGUUUACAUUGUAGCUAUUCCCCGAUCACAAAAUUUUUACCAUCAUCAGCUUUCUUUCAAGUUGUCUGUCUAAUUCAAAUGAUUCAAACGAUAAAAACCAAGUUCCUAGGUUCAGCUGUGACCGUGAAAGCGUUUUAUUCGAUCAAUUUCAACGACGAAUUCUUUUUAAUCAAGGACAACAACUGUCCAGUGCUCAUUCGAAGUGAUUUCAGUCAACAAAUUUAUGUCGGCCAAUGGGUGAGCAACUCCGACAAAAAUCUCUGUAAACUGUUAAAUGAAGAGGUGAGUUUCUCGGACAAGCAAGAGAUCACCUUUUCGGAGAUUGUUGAAAGGUUAGAGGCAACAAAAAACAAAAUCGUUCGAAAUGCGCAAAUCUACAUGGUCGGAUACGUUUUAUUGGCGAAUUCAACGACCAUGAAUGUUAUUGGAGGGAUCGGCGCUGAUUUGCCCAUUCCUGGGUAUCUUUUUCAGCUUAAAAACCCACCGCGUCGGAAAUGUAAUUGUAAAACAAAAUGUGAGGAAAAAGCUUUCGUGAAAAAGAUGGAAAAUGCCUGUGCCCCCGAUGGGUUAGGGCUUCCAUAUUACCUGUGUUCUACAAAAGAGGAGCUCGAUUAUUUUGAAAUUUGGAUGGAUUUUGUCACAUUUCUUGAGAACUCUCAACAAUUAGAGAAUCCGGUAGUCUCUUUUCUUGUCAGAACGAGAAAUCAGGACGAAGAGCAAGCCUUCACAGCCAAUCAACUGAUUUUAAUGCAAUGUGUUCAAGAAGACGAUCCGAAAAGGCAUCUAACGUUACUCGAUCAUCCGAAUAACUAUGGAGACCAUGAAGAGAUUCCCUAUCUUGAUUUCGAGUUUCUCAUUCGCAAGGUGAAAAAGGCAAAAGCUGUUGAGCUCCUCAAAAAAACUAUACCAAAAAGGUUUCUCAUUGUCGCAAAGGACGUGCAAGAUGAUUGGAGUCAACGGGUGCUGAUCACUACUGAA